AGUAGGUGGCGGUAAAUGCACCUUAAGUUGGUUUGCCACCCGCCAUUUAAACAACAAAAGAAGAAGAAGAAGAAGAAGAAGAAGAAGAAGAAGAAGAAGAAGAAGAAAGAGCUCGCGUGUGAUGUGUUUGUGUAUCCUCAGUGUUUUUCUCUCUUGAGUGUUUUAUUGAGUGUAAACAGAGUCUUGUCUCUGUGUAUUUUAGUGUUGAUUAUGGAUGUGAUGUGCUGUAAAUCAGGAACUGAUCAGGACUUACAGGAUGAUGAAUCUACUGAUCAAACCUCCACAGAGUCUCUGGAUUCUGUCUGUAACGCUGGAGAACAGCAGCAGAUCCUGCAGACCAAACUCAACAUGUGUUCAGUCAAACUCAUCGACUUCAGGAACCUCAUGAUGGAGAUCAAAACUGAACCCACAGAAAUAAAAGCUGAGCUAACAGAAAUAAAAACUGAACCCACAGAAGUAAAAACUGAACCUACAGAAGAUGAUGGUCAUGAUUUGAUUUCGCCAGAUGUGAAGAGUGAAUUAUGUGAUGGAGAGACAUUAAGCUCACAGAGACAUUUAGAGAGAAAACACACAGAACAUAAACAUCAUCUGAAGAAACACACCAGUGACAGACCGUAUCAGUGCCGUGAAUGUGGAAAAACCUUCAGGAAUUCAUGGUUAUUAAAAUCACACCAGAAUAUUCACUCUGAAGAGAAACCCUUUCAAUGUUCACACUGUAAUAAACAUUUCCGUCAGAAAUCUCAUUUGUUAGUCCAUGAGAAAGUUCACACUGGAGAGAAACCUUAUCACUGUAAUCUUUGUGGGAAGAGAUUUAAUCAACGUCAACAUUUAGUGUCACACCAGAGAAUUCAUACAGGUGAAAAACCUUACAAAUGCUCUCAUUGUGAGAAGACGUUUGCUCAUUCAUCUAACUUUAAAUCUCAUCAGAGAAUUCAUACUGGAGAGAAACCUUACAAAUGCUCUCAUUGUGAGAAGACGUUUACGGAGUCACGUUCUGUAAAAAUCCAUGAGAGACUUCACACUGGAGUGAAACCUUACCACUGUUCUCACUGUGGUAAGAGCUUCUCUGAUCCAUCUCAAUUCAAUGUUCAUCAGAGACUUCAUACUGGAGAGAAACCUUACCACUGUAGUGUUUGUGGGAAGAGUUUUAAUAAACGUCACCAUUUAGUUUCACACCAGAGAACUCAUACAGGUGAAAAACCUUACAAAUGCUCUCACUGUGAGAAGACGUUUGCUCAUUCAUCUUACUUUAAAUCUCAUCAGAGAGUUCAUACUGGAGAGAAACCUUACCAAUGCUCUCAUUGUGAGAAGACGUUUACGGAGUAACAUUCCGUAAAAGUUCAUGAGAGGCUUCACACUGUAAAAGAAACCUUACCACUGCUCUCACUGUGGUAAGAGCUUCUUUGAUCCAUCUCAAUUCAGAGUCCAUCAGAGAAUUCACACUGGAGAGAAACCUUAUCCAGUCCUUCCAGAAAAACGCAGAGUUUUUAUGUGAUUGUUGCGGGCAAAAAUCCUCGAUUUUGCGGCACGUUUUCUUAAAAAAUGCGAUAGAAUAUACGGGAUAUUUAUGCAAUUUAUGCGAUGGAAUUGCUGGAAUUUCAAAAAUUGCGGAACUUGCAAAAAAAUUCGGAAACUUGCAAAAGCUGCAAUUAGUGAUGCACCGAUGUAUCGGCCACCGAUAUUUAUCGGCCGAUUUUUGAUGAAUUUGAAACCAUCGGCAAUAGCAUGAGAAAGGCCGAUACCGAUUGUUUAUUAAUUAACUGCAUAAAGAAAUCCAUUAUAUGUAAAAAAUGAGUUGAUGUUGUUAAUAAAAUAAAUGCUGAAUAGCAAAAACCACCUUUGAAGGUUGUCAUGCUGUCUUAUUAUAUUUGUUUUAGCUUAAUUUGUGCCUCUCUUAUUAUGUUGGUCAGUUAAUUAGAUCCAAUCCAUGUUCAGUAAAAAUAAUUUGAUGCAGAAAUAAACUAGCUAAUAGACCAACUGUAUAGUAUUGUAUACAAGUGUUUAAUAUCGGUAUCGGCCAGAAGUUGUCUGUUUAAAUCGGAAUUGGUAUCGGCCAAAAAAAAUCCUAUCGGUGCAUCCCUAGCUGCAAUGAUGUUCACGUCACAUAAUAACGUCACUUCAUAAUGUUCCCAUAGAGGACAAGGCUGCACUUUUGGGAAGUAAAUGCAACAUUUUUCAACUUUCUGCUAAUAUAUAUGUGACUUUUUGCUACGAAAAUGCGGGGAUUAUGAAAUCAUGAAAGCCCCGCAUAUUUUGUGCGCGGAAAUCUGUAAUUAAUGCGGCAAAAGUGCGUCGUAUUUGGAAAAAAUGCAGCCCCGCAUAAAUAUGCGGACUUUGGCUGAUUAUGCAAUAUAUCGCGCGAUCGCGUUUUUCUGGAAGGACUGCUCAUCAGUGUACUAUUUGCAGGAAGAGUAUUAAUCAAACUUCGUAAAGCACCAAAGAAUAAUUCAUACAGGAGAAAGACCUUACAAAUAAAGCUUUUCCAAUGCAUAGUACCCCACACUUGGUUAGCUUUUCCAUCGAGUUUAGUGACAAUUUGGAGUGGGAGGGGUUAUAGGCGUUUCGUUAUAUUUGCGCUGCCUACUGCUGUGACAUCAUACAAUUGUGAGCAUCGUUGUACAUUCCCAUGCAUUCAUUUAUUUCUCAGUUCACCACAAAAUAAAAAUUGACCAGCACAAAUAGAUGUUUGCACAUCGUGUUUAUCACUACCUCUGUCUCACUUUCUGUACAAACGCCCUUGGCGUCAGUCGAUGCACUCCGCAGAGCCUCAUUUAAGUUGCAUUUAAGCAUAUAUGCGGAUGUGCGCGUCACGAAUGUGCCGCCACAAACUGCAAGUCUGGAAAAAAACAGUUAUGGUGUUACUGAUUGUCAACCUGUGGAUGUUUUUCAUCACUAAAUGGAGUUUGGGAACUUAUAGUAAAGCACAGAUGACAACAUGUUUACUCGAAAAAGCGCAAGCUAGCACUAAGGUAAAGCUUAUCUUGCAUUAUAGUGAUGACAAAUGUUAGUGACGAUUCAGUGCAGUUUGCAGACUUUUCUUAUCGUGAAAGUUAAUGCACAUUUAAAAGACCUGUUGAGCUAAGCGAUAUAUCUUGUUGCGAUGAUCUGUGGGCAUUUUUGUUUAUUAUAAGCUCUUUUGAGGGCAUGAGACGCUAUUCUUUUAUGCUGGUGAAUGAUCUUCGCUUCAGCGCUGACAGUGACGAGCUCUCUGAUUCAUGCUUCUAGCCAGUUUGCAGACAUUUCUCGUUAUGAAUGUAGAUCUGCAUGUAAAUCCCUCAUUUUAAAGAGCUGAACCAUAACUUUAUUUUUACAAUGACACACACGUUCUUCCUAGGGGUGUGCAAAAAAAUCGAUUCACAUUUGAAUCGCGAUUCAAGCAUUGCCGAUUCAGAAUCGAUUCAUAGAAUUCCAAAAAUCGAUUCAUAUAUUUUCUUUGUAACGCCGUAUUACUAUUGUCCUGAAAUGAGUUUAUCUCAGUAUUCCCAUAGAUGGCGCGUCGAAGUCACACUGACGCCUGCACACUCUUGUCACAGUGUUUCCCACACAUUGCUGCUGCAGCGCUGCCCAGGAAUAUUAACAAGUGCCCAAGUAUAGACGGUUUCAUCGGAUGCACGUGAUACACGUCUGGAUCCGAACCUUACUUCCAGUUUCGUUUUUUUAAUGGUCUGACUAGAUGAUAAGCUGAUCUCUUGAACAAAUGCCUCGUCGAAAAUAACAAAUGUUUGGUUUCCUAGGUAAUCUGUGUGUUGUUUUUUUGCUUGUUAUAUAAAUAAACUACGUUUAAAGUACUUUGUUGUUAUUUAUUCUUUGCGGAGUUUACCGAAAGUUCAUGCGGACCGCGACAGCCGCUUGUUUAUGUUGUUGUUACUGCUGAAACCGUCUAUAUCUGGCAUCAAAUUUUGUCUUUUUUGUUUUCCGUGAUGAUUACACUCUUUAAAGC